CUUAUAGCACAUUAAAGUGACAGUGCAUGCAGUAGCAGCAAUGAUGCAUCAGUUUUUUGUCAGGAUGUUUUUACUCCAAUGGCAAAUUGUACUGAUGGUGAUGUUAGAUUAGUUGGUGGUAGUACAGUAUAUGAAGGAAGAGUUGAAGUGUGUUUCAACAAAGCAUGGGGGACCAUCUGUGGUAGAUAUUACGGCUGGAGUAGUGAUGAUAUUCGUGUAGUGUGCAGGCAGCUAGGACAUGUAGGGCUAGGCUCAUCCAGUUAUUCUCAGUUUGAGCCUGGUGUAGGCCCUAUUUUCAUGUCUUAUGUUGGCUGUUCUGGAUCUGAAAAUAAUUUAUUUGAGUGUUCUUAUAGUCAACCAUUUCAUUAUUCCUAUUGCAGCCAUUCUGUUGAUGCCGGGCUCACUUGUGAAGCUCCUUGUCAAAAUGGUACAGUGCGCAUAGUUAGUGAGUCUGGCAGCUAUUUCAGAAGAUAUGGACGUGUAGAAGUUUGUGUGGCCAAUGAGUGGGGAACCAUUUGUGAUGAUUAUUGGAAUGACAUGGCAGCAACUGUAGUCUGCAAAAUGCUGGGCUAUUCACCUUAUGGAGCCAAGGCUUUAACUAAUACUUUUACUGAAGGAUCCUUGCAUGUUCACUUUACACAUCUCAAUUGUAGUGGCUCAGAAAAAUCAAUUUUUCAAUGUGCUUACAACGAACUAGCUGGUUAUUCUUGCAGCAAUUAUGACGAUGCUUCCGUCAUUUGUCAAUUAAAUGAUGUACAGCAUUCAAACUGCACUACUGGUGAUAUUAGACUGACUGGUGGAUCCAAUGAAUAUGAAGGAAGAGUCGAAUAUUGUACUAAUGGAGUUUGGGGCUCUGUCUGUGAUAAUAGUUGGGACAAUAGAGAAGCAUCUGCUGUCUGUAGGCAACUGGGAUACAAAGGUUCAUCCUAUAAAGCUAAUUCAUAUUUUGGAGUUGGGACUAAUCCAUUGCUUAUCUAUUAUACAUAUUGUUCAUCAAGUGCCACCAACUUGCGUGACUGCAGCUUUCGCUGGCUCCCUUCCUAUUCUAGUUCUUGCAAUAACUACCAUGAAGCUGGUGUGAUAUGUGAAUCCAACUCUUGUACCAAUGGACAAGUUAGAUUACAUGAUGGUGAUUCAGAAAGACGUGGUAAUCUACAAAUUUGUUAUAAUAGCACCUGGCAGGCAGUUUGUGGACAAGGAAAUUCAAGAGUUGAUAAUAACCUUGCCUCAGUUGUAUGCAGUGCAUUAGGAUACUCAAGAUAUGGCUACGGGAAUGAAUCUAGUAUACUUGGUUGUCAAUAUGACACAGUAGGGACAUGCUCUAGUAGCAGUGCUGUUGGAGUUGUGUGCUCUCACAACACUAUUAAAGCUCCAGUGAACUGUACUGAUGGCAGUAUAAGACUCUAUGGUGGUUCCAGUACAAUGGAGGGUAUACUGCAUGUGUGUGCUAAUGGAGCAUGGGGCACAGUGUGUUCAGGUUAUUGGUAUGAUCGAGAUAAUGCUGUAGCUUGUCGUCAACUUGGGUUCUUAUCAUAUGGUUAUGAAACUCAUAGUUCAGUUAAUGAUUUUCCAGCAAUUUUUUCUUAUUUCAGCUGUCAAGGAACUGAAAAUAGUUUAUAUAAUUGUAGCUACACUGGAUUGAGGUAUGCUUCCUGUACAAACCGUCAGGUCAUCAAAGUCACCUGUGAAGAGCAAUGCAAAGAAAAUGCAGUUCGCCUCAAUGGUGGCUCAAACUAUUAUGGUCGAGUUCAGGUCUGCACUGGAGGAGAAUGGCGUACUAUUUGUACAGAUUACUGGGACAAUAAGGAUGCUAGUGUUGUAUGUAGGCAGUUAGGAUACUCACCUUAUGGAGCACUGGUUGGUGAAUACUGGUGGUAUGGUAGUUCACUAUAUACUAAUGUUCUCAGAGGUGUUAAUUGUGUUGGGAAUGAGACUAGUCUUCAAGACUGUCCUAGAGACAGCAGUGCUAGCUGUGGUUCUAGUUAUUAUCAUGCCACUGUCAUUUGUCCAGUUCAUGGAACUGUGUCAUACUCCAAUUGUACUGAUGGAGAGGUUAGACUUUUCGGUGGAUCUACUGAAUAUGAAGGAACUGUUGAGAUAUGUCGUAAUAGUGCCUGGGGGACAAUAUCCUACUAUUCAAUUUCAGACUUUACUGCACAAACAAUUUGCAAUCAAUUAGGAUACACUGCACCAGGUGCUACAAGUGUUCGUUAUUCUUAUUUUGGUGAAGGUAGUGGUCCUAUUUUAAUGGGUUAUCUGUAUUGUUCAUCAGUUACAACUUCUUUAUCAAACUGUUACAAUCAAACAUAUUCUAUAACUUAUUAUAGUCAUUAUUAUGACAUUGGAGUCAGAUGUGAAUCUUCUUGUACAAAUGGUGACAUCAGGUUGAUAGGCAGUAGUAAUCCUCUUGUUGGUAGAGUUGAAGUAUGUUUUGAUACAACUUGGGGUACAAUAUGUGAUAACAAUUGGGACAAUAAUGAUGCUACUGUUGUUUGCAGGCAAUUGGGAUUCUCAGAUCAAGGAGCUAUUGCUGGUCAAAAUUCUUACACUGAAGGCCUUAAAUUUUUUCACAUUACUAAUCUCAAUUGUCAGGGAACUGAGGAAAGUGUGUUUAAUUGCUCUUAUAGUAAUGUUCAGUCUGUGAGCUGUAAUCAAUAUGAUGAUGCUUAUGUAACUUGUACAGCUCCUAGCACAGGAGAUAAUUGUACAACACUGGGUGAUAUCAGAUUAGUUGGUGGUCAGUCACAGUAUGAAGGUCGUGUUGAAAUAUUUUUUGAUCUUAACUGCACUGGUACUGAAGAAGCAAUUUUGGACUGUUCUUACAUUGAACAAGGCUCCUACUCCUGCAGUAGAUACUAUGAUGCAGCAGUAAUCUGUCAAAAUAAUGCUACUACUAGUGUCAGUUAUAAUUGUUCUGAUGGUGAUGUACGUUUGAUUGGUGGUAUCAAUGAUGCUGAAGGACGUGUUGAAAUGUGUUAUAAUAAUUUCUGGGGGCAAGUCUGUCAUAAUUCAUGGAGUACAUCUGAUGCUAAUGUAGUCUGUAAACAACUUGGAUAUCAAUCUACUGGUUCUACUGCAUAUCAGUAUAGCUAUUUUGGAAAUGGACCAGAUUCUCAUAUUAUCUCAAAUCUCUAUUGUGGUGGAUCUGAGUCAUCUCUGCUAAGUUGUAGCAGGAGUAGUGAUAGUUUUAUUUCAGCUGCUCAAUAUUGUGGUGAUGGUAGUGUAGCUGGUGCUGUUUGUUUGGGCACAGCAGAAUGUGAGCAUGGUGCAGUGAGGCUUGUUAAUACUUAUACUGAUGCUACUAAUGUUGGUAGAGUUGAAUUGUGUAUUGAGAAUACAUGGACUACACUAUGUGAUCAAAGCUGGGAUCUCAAAGAUGCACAAGUCAUCUGCAGACAGUUGGGAUUCUCUAUAUAUGGUGCUUUACCUGAACAUAACUGUUAUACUGAGUACCAGCUAUCAUUUGGAAUCACUGACCUCAAUUGUACUGGCAGUGAAGAUCAAUUCCUUAAUUGUUCUUACAGUAAUGCUGCAUUACACAACUGUCAGUCUCACAAUGACGCCAGUGUUGUAUGUCAAAGAACUGCUUAUCAAGCUAACUGCACUAAUGGUCAAGUGAGACUGGUUGAUGGUAGCACAGAAGAUGAUGGUAGAGUUGAAAUAUGUAUCAAUCAGGCUUGGGGAAGCAUCUGCUCUUCUAGCUGGAGUGUUCAAGAUGCGUUUGUAGCAUGCAAGCAGUUAGGAUACAUUGGGGGAGAAAUAAAGUCUAUCAGUUCAGGAGCUGGUCCUAUUCUUAUGUCGUAUUUAUACUGUAAUGGAGAUGAGGCAUCACUGCUUGAUUGUAAUCAUCAAUCUUGCUAUGUAUCAGGAUGCACUUCUCCUGAUGCUGGAGUUAUUUGUGAAAGGCCUUGUAACAAUGGAAGCAUCAGGAUUGACACGGACCCGUACUAUUCGUACACUCAUCUUGGAGCAGUAGAAGUAUGUAGGAACAAUACCUGGAAUACAAUAUGUAGCAAUCACUGGACAAAAACAGAAGCCAGUGUAGCCUGCUCUCAGUUGGGCUAUUCACCUUAUGGUGCAUUUGCUAGUACCUAUCAAUCCACUCAGAGCUUUUGGCCACUUGGACUUUAUAAUGUAUAUUGUAAUGGAAACGAAACUAGUAUUUGGGAUUGCUCAUAUUCUGUGACCAAUACAGUUGGAUCUAGUUGUACUCAAUCAACACAAGCUACCCUGAAAUGCCAGUCCAUAACAACUCAGUAUGUGAACUGUACUGAUGGUGAUGUAAGACUAGUAGGAGGACAAACAGAGAAUCAAGGAAGUGUGCAGAUUUGUUACAACAAUGCCUGGACAUAUUUGUGUAGUGGAUGGUAUUGGGGUACUACUGAAGCUAAUAUACUUUGUAGGCAACUAGGAUAUAAUUCUUAUGGAUCUGUGGCGUAUGGAUAUAAUUACUUUAAUGCUCCUGAAGACUCGUCAUUUGUUUAUGGAUUUCUUAACUGCUAUGGCUCUGAAACUAAAAUUCUGGACUGUUACAUGAAUUCAUAUUACUUAAGAUAUUGCUACUCUUACUAUAUAGCUGGUGUUACUUGUCAAGAUACUGAUGAAUGUCAGCAGGGAAUAUCAGGAUGUUCUCAAGUAUGUACUAACACUAUUGGCAGUUACAAGUGUAGUUGCAAUGCUGGAUAUCAACUGAGUAAUGACAGCCACACAUGUAUAGAUAUUAAUGAGUGCACUGAGGGAUUAAGCAGUUGCAAUCAAAAUUGUGUGAACACUAAUGGAAGCUAUACUUGCAGUUGUACAGCUGGUUACACAUUGAGUAGUGAUGGGUACACAUGCACUGAUUUUAAUGAGUGUAGCAUCGAUAAUGGUCAAUGCAGCAGCAUAUGUUCUAAUACUGUUGGUAGCUAUAUCUGUUCUUGUGAUUCAGGUUAUGCUUUAGAAGAUGAUGGGCAUAACUGUACAGAUAUCAAUGAGUGUCUCACUAAUAAUGGUGGCUGUAGUUAUACCUGUACAAAUACUCCAGGAAGCUACACAUGUGACUGCAGCACUGGUUACAACUUUGACCCCAUUGAAUUGAAUUGCACAGAUAUUGAUGAGUGCAGUACUGAUAAUGGUGGCUGUGAGCAAUUGUGUACAAAUACCAAUGGGAGCUUUUACUGCACUUGUAAUUCUGGCUUCCAGCUAACAAAUGGUGUCUUUUGUUCAGAUAUUAAUGAGUGCUCACAAGGAAUAUCAGGAUGUGGUCAGAAGUGUAUUAAUACUAUUGGAAGCUAUGAGUGUGAUUGUAUCACUGGAUACUACUUGUCAUCUAAUAAUCAAACAUGUCUAGAUAUUGAUGAGUGUUUAGGAGUUAAUGGUUGCAAUCAGAUAUGCGUAAAUACAGCUGGGAACUAUUACUGUGAUUGUCAGUCUGGAUAUGUCCUAAACAAUAGUCUUACUUGCAUUGAUAUUAAUGAGUGUAAUAAUUCCAGUGGAGGAUGUGCACAAAUCUGUCAAAAUACAGCAGGAUCUUAUGAUUGCUCAUGCUGGGAUGGAUACAGUUUAAAUGCUGAUAAAUAUAAUUGCUCAGAUAUCAACGAGUGUAGCUUAAAUAAUGGUGGUUGUGAACAAGUCUGUACAAAUAGUGUUGGAAAUUAUUCUUGCUCAUGUAAUUCAGGCUAUACCCUCUUGAAUGGACAGUUCUGUUCAGAUAUUAAUGAGUGCAGUGUUAAUAAUGGAGGAUGUCAGCAGACGUGUCACAAUACUGCUGGAAGUUAUUACUGCCUUUGUGGUACUGGCUUUAAUUUGGAUGCACAAAGCAAUUGCACAGAUAUUAAUGAAUGCAGUACUAACAAUGGAGGGUGUGAGCAGCAGUGUAUCAAUACAUUUGGUAGCUAUUAUUGUGCAUGUAAUAACAGCUACAUGCUCAAUCCUGACAAUCAUAUGUGUGACGACUUUAAUGAGUGUAUUUAUGGUACUCAUGGUUGUAAUCAGAACUGCACUAAUACUAAUGGAUCUUAUCUUUGUUACUGUAUGACUGGUUAUCAUCUUAUGGACAAUCAAAGAACAUGCACUGAUACAAAUGAAUGCCUUUUGAGUAAUGGUGGUUGUUCUCAGUUGUGUACUAAUAUUAUUGGCAGCUAUCAGUGCAACUGUAGGAAUGGAUAUCAAUUAAAUAUCAAUGGAAUUGAUUGUGAUGAUAUUAAUGAGUGUACUAAUGGUACUCAUCUAUGUGAACACAACUGUUAUAACACUAAUGGUAGUUAUGUCUGUGAUUGUGAACCAGGCUACCAAUUAUCAAAUGGACUAACAUGUUCUGAUAUCAAUGAAUGUGACACUAAUAAUGGAGGUUGUGCUCAAGUGUGUGUUAAUCAAGUUGGAUCAUAUUAUUGUCAGUGUAACAAUGGAUAUACUCUUGAUGAUGAUGCUCAUGGGUGUUCAGAUCAUGAUGAAUGUGUAACUGGUAUUGAUGCUUGUGAGCAAAUCUGUCACAAUUCUAACAGUUCUUACUCUUGCUCAUGUUUGUCAGGAUAUAGACUAGCCAAUAAUAGUAAAACUUGUGAUGAUAUUAAUGAAUGCUCUGAAGGAAUUUCAAGUUGUAAUCAAAUUUGUAUAAAUACUGUUGGGGGUUAUAAUUGUGACUGCUAUUCUGGUUUUGCUUUGUCCAGUGAUAAUCAUACUUGUCAAGAUAUCAAUGAGUGUGCUCUAAACAAUGGAGGUUGCUUUGAUUCAUGUGCUAAUGUGAUUGGUAGUUACCAGUGUUCUUGUAAUGCUGGUUACUCACUGGAUGCUGACAAACACAACUGCACUGAUGUCAAUGAAUGCCUAGUAGCUAAUGGCGGGUGUAUGCAGUCUUGUAUCAAUACAGCUGGC